CGCCUGCGCAUGGGUCAAGGAUGUGUGGUCCCACAAUCUUCCACAGGGCCACGAGCGCCCUAGCAGGAGGCGUUGUGACAGUGCGAACGCAGUGUGCGGGCUUUGCGCUUGGGCUGGCAGCGCCCGAAGCAAUGGGUGCGGAUCAGUGGGGCAACCGAAUUGCCUAGAACAUGCGUCACUACGGUGGGAGCGCAACAGGUGCUUACUGAGAAGUAUGGGCUGCUUUGGGCGCUGCGCAACCGCGGGACAAAGACAGUUGCACUGGGCUACAAAACUGUGCGGCACCGUCCGCGGGUAA